AUGUGCGGACCGUGCGUGUCGGAUAUGAGCUCGGGUUGUGAAAGUUACUACACAAAGGAAAAUGUGCUCGUGGAGGGCUUCACCUGUCCGAAAGCGGACAGUGAUUCCACGGCACUUUUCUGCUGCGGGUUCAGUGACUUGAAGUACUGCUGCGAUGACCCCAACAGCUUCUUCCCUUAUGAAUAUGGAUACAUGUGGUGGUUGAGUCUUGGAGCUCUUGUCGGUCUCUCUGUAGCAGCUGUGGUUCUUCUGGCCUUCAUCGUUACUCUGUGUGUCCUCUGUUAUCUGUUCAUCACCACUAAACCCAGAGGUCUGGACAAUGGGCUGCCACUCAGAGCUCCAGGCUCUACAUCGAGUCCACAAGGACCAGGACCAAGUCAUAACGCCACCCCUGCCGGUCCUCAAGGCCUCAGGAAACACUUCCUGAGGGGGAAGCUGGACUGUGACCACCAGCCCCCAGACCCUGACCGCCUUUUCCAGCGUUGUUUCAUGGCUACUGUGACCUCCAUCAAAGUCGAGGGUGCUACAUAGACUUGUGGACUACUUGAUUUUUAAAUUGUGAAGACUGUAGGUGCUCAAAAUUCAUAUUUCAAUACCGUCACUUUCUGUAGCCUUCUUUUAGAACACAACUCGGCUAUUACCGUAAUUUCCGGACUAUUAAGCGCACCUGAAUAUAAGCCGCACCCACUGAAUUUUUAAAAAAUAUGUAUUUUGUACAUAAAUAAGCCGCACAUGUCUAUAAGCCGCAGGUGCCUACCGGUACAUUGAAACAAAUGAACUUUACACAGGCUUUAACGAAACACGGCUUGGAACAAAAAUAAAUAGGCCUUUUAAACGAAACAAGGUAUAUCAUACAUUCAAUUCCCAUUUAAGAUGGUUGACAAAUCCUUUUGAUACUUGGAUGUGGUCACGAGUAGAUCUAUCCAAGACUUGUUUGAAUUGAACUUUAAACCUGUAUUUGAGCGUACAUUAAUGAUUUUGGUCGGUUGUCACAUCUCCCUUUAUCCCUGGCAGGGACAGUCAAUGCUGUUAAAAUGAAUAUUCUCCCCAAUUUCGUUGUUCUUUUUCUUUUCUUUUUUACACGGCUUGUAACAAAAAUUUAAAAAAUUGCAGUAAACAGUAGCCUACCAAGAAAGUCAUUGGUCACUAUCUUCCUCCUCCUGUGCACUGAAACCACUGAAGUCAUCUCCUUCGGUGUCGGAGUUGAAUAGCCUCAGAAUUGCUUCAUCCGAUGUUGGAUCGUCUUCAUUGUCGCUCUCGUCACUUUCAUCCGGAGGCAAAUUCCCCGCUGAGCUCAUGCUGCCCUC